AUGCCUCAUUCCCAAAGUUCGGAUCCAAUCGAUUUGAAUGAGCUUGUCCGUUCCUGCGAUUGUCAGGAUAUGAAAAGUUCCAACCUGUCGCCUUUUGGGGCUCGCGGGCUUCCUCGGGUCUCUCUGCGCACUAUCCAGCUAGGGACAGACCUCGGCCAGCGGGCUCGGAUACAUCCCGAUCCGAUUUUCUCAGCUUGCCAACCCAUUGAAUCGCCCUUAUGUUCAUUUAACCCGGUGGGCCAACUUCGCAAAGAACCAAUUAUUGAGUUGUCUUUACCUGAAUCUGCAUUGGCUGCCGAGGAUCGGUUUUCCCAAACCCCUAUCUCCUCAUCUCCAGGCUUCUUGUCGGCCCCCUACUCUUUUGGACCAUCACAAAUCCUUAUAAACAACAAAUAUGGUACUGGCGCCUCGGUUUCUUGUACAUCGGGACCAUCUGUUGCUGAAAUUUCUUGUCCUGCUGAAGGCCUCACCACCAUCGUGUCUUCAAUAGCAGCCCAGCCACAUUUGCCUGCUUCUGAUUCCUGCCUGGUUGGACCUGCAGCUUUCACACGACCUGUCAGACGGCGACGUAGGAGUCUGCUUCCAAAUGUUCACGAGCUAAUGGAUGCGACUGCAGCAAUAGGCGCUACCUGUCUCGCACGAACUCGCUGCAUCAAUGGUAAUACCAGCCCUGGUUUCUGUCCAGGAACCGGUUCCACUUCCCUUUCUUCUGCAGCGUUUAAAUCGUGUCUUCACUUUUAUGAUCAUCUGCAAGGGACCACUACUAAUCAGCAACAGCAGCAGCCUGUGGGGUUGAUGGGCCAGCUUGUUCGCUCCAUGGAUGCUAAUGGACUAUCCGAGGCGAUAGCUUUAGCCACUGGUGUAAUGGAGACGACUACUGCCUUACGACUUGGUAAAUCCGUCCCUGGUGCGCUGACUUUUGGUCCAAGUCUUACCACUGCCACCUCUUCAGCCUCUGCAUCUGGUGUCGCGAAAAGACGUUAUAAAUAUAACCGGUUACAUAAAUCUGCUCGUUCAUCUCUUGCUUUCCAGUCACUUAUGGAAUUUCAUAAAACCCAGCCAAACACUGGAGAGGCACUUUUAUCUGGGCUUACAGCCAGCCUUACCUCCAGUGGCAGCGAGUUACGCCAGAUAGAUGGGAAUAAUCCGACCGAGACAGCGAUGACAAAGGCGAGGGAGGAGACGGCUGGGGAUCAGGGCCAAAUUGAUUGGUUGCUCCAAGCGAUUACUGUUUGUCCUGACCUCUGUGGAUUUUUAAACAGUUCUGAACAGUCUUCUAAUGGGGCUGGCAGUCUGCCCCAGACUUAUACUGCUUUUUUAUCAGUUCCCUCUUUACCUCGGAGACUUAUGACGCCUACAAUGACAGUAUCUGGACGACCAGUCGACUGGCUUGUGCGCAGUCCAUUCUUGCAGGCUUGGGAAGCUGAACUGGAUCGCCCAGCCGGUGGACUUUGGCGGCUUCGACGUCGACUUUGUCUGCAGCUGAGUAAGGUAUGCCAAGCCAGGCAGCACGAACAAGACUGUAAAUCAAAGGUUAGUUUUAUUCUUUGUUCCAUCUUUAUAUUUUUAUGUGUAUGA